UAAGCCACGUCAUAAUCAGGAAAACACAAUGGCGGAUGCCAAUGCGGCAGUGGCUGUGGUGACAGUGUCAUUGGUUCUUUUAGGACUUUUAUCGGGGUUAAGCUUAUCGUGGGCUCUUCUACCGGUCGCUGUAGUGGUGCUUAUUUUUGUACUAGCCAGUGGAUUAAGGGGACGAGAUGAACUUGCACAUUUGAACGUUUGCGUGUUGGUGCUGGGAGAUAUAGGGCGCAGUCCUCGCAUGCAGUAUCAUGCGCUCUCUCUCAGCAGACAUGGAUACAGUGUCACCCUAAUUGGCUUUCUUGGUACUAAACCUCAUCAAGACAUUCUUGAGGAUGACAGGAUAGACAUACUUCCUAUUUCAGAACUAAUGGGGCUUAGAGUUGGCCCCAAAAUUGUCAGGUAUGUUUCAAAGGUUAUAUUCCAGUCUUUUCAGCUGUUCUAUGUGUUGAUGAAGAUUGAGGACCAAGGCUAUAUCCUUAUGCAGAACCCUCCAGGACUGCCAGCUAUAGCAGUGGCGUGGGUGGCCAGUCGUGUCAGGGGAAACCAGUUCAUCAUAGACUGGCACAACUAUGGAUACACCAUAAUGGCUCUUACUCAUGGGGAGAAUCAUCCAAUUGUUAGAGUGGCAAAAUGGUAUGAGAAACUCUUUGGAUGUUUCUCGGAUCAUAACUUAUGUGUCACUAACGCGAUGAGGGAAGAUCUUCGGAAGAACUGGAAUAUUGAGGCAACCACAUUAUAUGACAAGCCACCCUCGAUAUUCAGAGAAACACCUCUGAAACUUCAACAUGAACUGUUUGUCAGAAUGAGCAGCGUUUAUUCACCAUUUAGGCCUAGUUCUGACGUCACUAAGGAGCACAUGGAGCUGACAGCCUUCACAGAGCGAAACACUCAAACAGGUGCUGUGACGCGCUCUGCUGGACGACCUGCUCUGCUUAUCAGCAGCACCAGCUGGACGGAGGAUGAAGACUUCUCAAUUCUUUUACAAGCCCUUCAAGAGUAUGAGAAGUUUGUUGAGGAAGAGGACAAUCUUCCAUCAUUGGUCUGCGUGAUUACAGGUAAAGGUCCUCAGAAGGAGUAUUACAAGAAGCUGAUUGACUCUAAAGAAUUUCAACAUGUCAAGAUUUGCACUCCAUGGCUAGAAGCAGAGGAUUAUCCAGUUUUACUUGGUUCGGCUGAUCUUGGGGUCUGCUUGCACAAAUCCUCCAGUGGUCUUGAUCUUCCGAUGAAAGUGGUCGACAUGUUUGGAUGUUGCCUGCCAGUCUGUGCCAUACACUUUCAGUGCUUGCAUGAGUUGGUGAAACACGAGGAGAAUGGGCUUAUUUUUAAAGACUCCAAUGAGCUGUCUCAACAAUUAAAGCUUCUGUUUUCAGACUUUCCUGGUGAUCAGGGGAAACUGGGCAUCUUCAGGAAGAAUCUAAAGGAAAGUGGGCAGCGGCGCUGGAAUGAGAAUUGGGACCAAAACGUCCUUCCGCUUAUUAAAGAGCACUGCGACUGACCAUCUAGGUGAUGGGCUCAUGUAGCAUCCUCUCAAAUCCUUUGACUCCUAUUUUGUGAAAGUUACUGUCAGGUAUUUGCACAGGGUACAUAUUUUUAAGCUAACUGUCCCCACACUGGGACAAAGGAUUGCAGCAAUGCUACUGGGAAAGACUUGAAUAUGAGACUAAAAAGCACACUUUCCUUGUAAAUAAUAUGUAAAUAAACACUUUAUUACAAAGAGAUUGUUUUGUCAUACAUAUAUUUUGACCAUUUCUAUAGUGGAGGCUCGGUUGUAUGGAAAUACUUGAGCAACAGAAUCCUUCAUGAUGACAUAUCUCAGUCCAGCCCUUUCUGUAAAUAAAUGUUUCAUUUAUUAUGAAGAAUCAGGAAUAAUGAAAAUGUUUUAAACCAAUAGUGUAAUGGAAUAGAAAAGUAUUCAUAGUAUGAAAAACCCACCCAAUUCUUCCUUGAAACAGUCAUACGUCUGUGGGUUACGUACAGUAGAUGCAAUGUAAACAUCGGGUUGGUUUUCUUGAACUUUGCAGUUUAGAAGCCUGCUCAGCAGCUUGACCAAACAAGCAAUUGUCUCAGGAUCGUACACCACAUCUGGUUCAAACAAACAGAGCAAUGUUAUUGAAGACCUCUCAGACAUUAUGUGUUGUUCAGAGAAUGAGAAUAAAUCACAUUUGAAACUAUAAUGUGUGUAAUCUUGAAAAUAUCUUCUGGGUUUUGUGUCACCUGCAGCAAUGAUGGUGUUGGCCUGUAUUCUUUGCAGCUGUUCAUCAGAAACAUUUUCCCAGUGCAAUUCCUCAACGCUCACUGAUGCACUGUUACUGCCAGAGUUAGUUAAGCAGUUUGUGAUAUUGUCCUUCAGCCUCUGAAGCACAGUUUGAUGGCAGUCGCUGAAGAUAUAUUUGGUUAGGCUGGAUGACCGACAUACUACAAUUCCCGUAAGUCCAAUUCCACUGCCCAGCUCUAGCACUGUCCUGCAUGUACAGCCCAAAUGUAAAUGUAUGGCAGCAUAAAUAUAAUAAUUUAAACAAUUAACAAAAUAGAGAAAGUCACUUCACUUUAUUAAGAUCUUAAUGCAAGUAGCUUGUCACUCUGUUUUUGUUUCUCAUAUGCUACUGUUCAAAAGUUUGGGGUCAGUAAGGUUUUUUU